AUGGGAACACCUCUGGUUGUAAGGCGUAGACCAAAAUCGGGCCUUGGUAAAAUGGAUAAGUGGUUAAUAAGACCAAGUACCGGUUCCAUAAGAAACACCAACCAAGAGUCGAGUGAUGUAAGUACAAGUUCUAAUAUUGGUUCUAAUAAAUGGUCGUCCGAUGCGCAAAAACUUUCAAACGAGUCCAUGAAGCCUUCGAAGUUGAAGAGGCAUUUAGAAUUGAAGCAUCCUGAAUACAAAGAAAAGCAUAUAGAUUUUUUCAUUAACAGGAGAAGACAAUUAAAAAGUUCCAAAAAAAAUAUGACUUCAAUGUUUUCACUUAGUCCUCAAACUGAAAACCUUGUAUUGGCUUCUUAUGAAAUAUCAAAAUUAAUUGCUGAAACGGGUUAUCCACACAAAAUCGGUGAAAAAUUAAUACUUCCGGCAAUGAAAAUAAUUUCAUCUCGAAUAUGCGAAAAAAAACAGGAAAAACAAGUAAAUUUGUUGGCGUUGUCGAAUAACACGGUGAAGCGUAGAAUUGUGGAUAUGGCAAAUAACAUUGAAGAAACAAUAGUAGGCCACCUCAAAUCGUGUUAUUAUUUUUCUUUACAAGUUGAUGAAAGUACAGACGUGUCGGAUAAUGCUAAUCUAAUGUGUUUUGUAAGAUAUGAUCUUGGAAAUACUUCUUACAAAGAGUUAUUGUUUUGUAAAUCGCUGCCAACAAGAACAACAGCAGAAGAAUUAUUUAAUUUAAUCAAUAGAUAUAUUAUUGAGAAUGGCAUUGAAUGA